GCCGGACUGCGGGCGCCUCCCGCUCCAGAGAAGCGGCCGGACUCACGCUCUCCCCCUCCCCGCGGCCCAAACCCCGGAGGCCGGGUCAGGCCCGCGGGGGCCACGACGCCGGCGUCGACGGCGGCUGCGACGGCCUCUGGGAGCGCGUGAGGCUCUGGGGUCGCUGCGGCGAUUGGCCGGCCGCGGCGCCCGCUCCCAUAAUGCAGCGCAUGGCGCGUCAUUGAAGAGAGACCAUGAUGGCGGCGGCGCUUGGGCCCCCAGAAGUGAUCGCUCAGCUGGAGAACGCGGCCAAAGUUCUGAUGGCACCACCUUCCAUGGUUAAUAAUGAACAACGCCAGCAUGCAGAACACAUAUUCUUAUCAUUUAGGAAAUCAAAAUCACCAUUUGCAGUUUGCAAGCAUAUUUUGGAAACAAGUAAAGUGGACUAUGUCCUCUUUCAAGCUGCCACAGCCAUAAUGGAAGCAGUUGUCCGAGAGUGGAUUCUCUUGGAAAAAGGUAGCAUCGAGUCACUGCGAACAUUCCUUUUAACCUAUGUCUUACAAAGGCCUAACCUCCAAAAGUAUGUUCGGGAACAGAUUCUAUUAGCAGUAGCAGUAAUUGUAAAACGAGGAUCCUUAGAUAAAUCAAUUGACUGCAAAAGCAUUUUUCAUGAAGUCAGCCAGUUGAUAAGUAGUGGCAAUCCCACUGUGCAAACUCUGGCCUGUUCCAUUCUAACUGCACUAUUGAGUGAAUUCUCAAGUUCAAGUAAAACUAGCAACAUUGGACUCAGUAUGGAAUUCCAUGGUAACUGCAAAAGAGUUUUUCAGGAAGAAGACCUUCGUCAAAUCUUCAUGUUAACGGUUGAAGUUCUUCAGGAGUUCAGCAGGCGGGAAAACCUCAAUGCUCAGAUGUCUUCGGUAUUUCAGCGUUACCUUGCACUCGCCAAUCAAGUCUUGAGCUGGAACUUUCUUCCUCCAAAUUUGGGCAGACAUUAUAUAGCUAUGUUUGAAUCCUCACAAAAUGUGCUGUUAAAGCCAACAGAGUCCUGGCGGGAGACUCUUCUGGAUAGCAGAGUUAUGGAGCUGUUCUUCACAGUACAUCGAAAAAUCAGAGAAGAUUCAGAUAUGGCACAAGAUUCUCUUCAGUGCCUUGCCCAGUUAGCUUCUCUUCAUGGACCCAUCUUCCCCGAUGAAGGAUCACAAGUUGAUUAUCUAGCACACUUCAUUGAGGGAUUACUGAAUACUAUCAAUGGAAUUGAAAUAGAAGAUUCUGAAGCUGUGGGAAUCUCCAGCAUUAUCAGCAACCUGAUAACUGUGUUCCCUCGAAAUGUUUUAACUGCCAUUCCAAAUGAACUUUUCUCGUCCUUUGUUAACUGCCUCACACACCUCACUUGUUCUUUUGGGCGAAGUGCUGCAUUGGAAGAAGUGCUUGAUAAAGAUGACAUGGUAUACAUGGAAGCAUAUGACAAAUUGCUAGAAUCCUGGCUAACUUUGGUUCAAGACGACAAACAUUUCCAUAAAGGCUUUUUUACCCAACACGCAGUUCAAGUUUUCAAUUCCUAUAUUCAGUGCCACCUCGCUGCUCCAGAUGGCACGAGAAAUUUGACUGCCAAUGGUGUGGCCUCUCGUGAGGAAGAAGAAAUAAGUGAACUUCAAGAGGAUGACCGAGACCAGUUUUCAGAUCAACUAGCCAGUGUAGGAAUGCUAGGAAGAAUUGCUGCAGAACACUGUAUACCUCUUCUGACAAGUUUAUUAGAAGAAAGAGUAACAAGGCUCCAUGGUCAGUUACAGCGACAUCAGCAGCAAUUACUUGCUUCACCUGGUUCAAGCACUAUUGACAACAAAAUGCUUGAUGAUCUGUAUGAAGAUAUUCACUGGCUUAUUUUAGUUACAGGCUACCUCUUAGCUGAUGAUACUCAGGGAGAGACUCCGCUAAUACCUCCAGAAAUAAUGGAAUAUUCCAUUAAGCAUUCAUCUGAAGUUGACAUUAAUACAACACUUCAAAUUUUGGGAUCUCCAGGAGAAAAGGCUUCUUCCAUCCCAGGGUACAACAGAACAGAUUCUGUGAUUAGGUUGUUAUCUGCUGUUCUAAGAGUUUCAGAAGUUGAAUCUCGAGCAAUAAGAGCAGAUCUCACUCAUCUACUAAGCCCUCAAAUGGGCAAAGAUAUUGUUUGGUUUCUAAAACGCUGGGCAAAGACUUAUCUCCUGGUGGAUGAGAAACUAUAUGAUCAGAUAAGUCUGCCAUUCAGUACAGCAUUUGGAGCAGAUACAGAAGGUUCUCAGUGGAUUAUUGGCUACCUCUUACAAAAGGUCAUCAGUAACCUCUCAGUGUGGAGUAGUGAGCAGGACCUUGCAAAUGACACUGUGCAGCUCCUUGUCACUUUGGUGGAAAGAAGAGAAAGGGCAAACUUAGUUAUUCAGUGUGAAAACUGGUGGAACUUAGCUAAGCAGUUUGCAAGCCGAAGCCCACCUCUGAAUUUCUUGUCAAGUCCUGUGCAGAGGACACUGAUGAAGGCUCUUGUCUUAGGAGGUUUUGCACAUAUGGACACAGAAACCAAGCAGCAGUAUUGGACAGAGGUUCUUCAGCCACUUCAGCAGCGAUUCUUAAGAGUGAUAAAUCAAGAAAACUUCCAGCAGAUGUGUCAGCAAGAGGAAGUCAAACAGGAAAUCACUGCCACACUGGAGGCCCUGUGUGGCAUUGCUGAGGCUACCCAGAUUGACAAUGUAGCAAUUCUUUUUAAUUUUUUGAUGGACUUCCUUACCAAUUGUAUUGGAUUGAUGGAAGUUUACAAAAAUACCCCAGAAACUGUCAAUCUCAUAAUAGAAGUUUUUGUUGAAGUUGCACAUAAACAGAUAUGCUAUCUUGGAGAGUCCAAAGCAAUGAACCUAUAUGAAGCCUGCCUUACUUUGCUGCAAGUAUAUUCUAAGAAUAAUUUAGGGCGGCAAAGAAUAGAUGUUACAGCAGAGGAAGAGCAAUACCAAGACCUGCUUCUCAUUAUGGAACUUCUUACUAACCUUCUCUCAAAAGAAUUCAUAGAUUUCAGUGAUACAGAUGAAGUGUUCAGAGGACAUGAGCCAGGGCAAGCAGCAAACAGGUCUGUGUCUGCAGCUGAUGUGGUUUUAUAUGGAGUGAACCUAAUUCUGCCCCUGAUGUCACAAGAUCUUUUGAAGUUUCCAACCCUUUGUAAUCAGUACUACAAAUUAAUUACAUUUAUCUGUGAGAUUUUUCCUGAAAAAAUACCACAGCUUCCUGAAGAUCUUUUUAAAAGUCUGAUGUACUCUCUAGAACUAGGAAUGACAUCAAUGAGUUCGGAAGUUUGCCAGCUUUGCCUGGAAGCUUUGACACCAUUAGCUGAACAGUGUGCUAAAGCACAAGAAACAGAUUCACCACUUUUUCUAGCAACACGGCACUUUCUUAAGCUGGUUUUUGAUAUGCUGGUUUUGCAAAAGCACAACACAGAGAUGACCACUGCAGCAGGUGAAGCUUUCUACACGUUGGUGUGUUUGCAUCAGGCUGAAUAUUCUGAAUUGGUUGAAACAUUACUGUCAAGUCAACAAGACCCAGUUAUUUACCAGAGAUUAGCAGAUGCCUUCAACAAGCUCACUGCAAGCAGCACUCCUCCUACUCUGGAUCGGAAGCAGAAGAUGGCCUUCCUAAAGAGUUUAGAAGAAUUUAUGGCAAAUGUUGGUGGUCUCCUUUGUGUAAAAUAAAUAACAAAACUUUAUGCUUAAUUUAGAUCCUUUCUGCAAAGUGCACUGAAUUGCUAAAAGCUGACUUGAGUCUUGUCCUGUUCUUCAGUUCUUUGGCCAUUUUGGAUUUCGGAGCGCCUGAAAGUCUAACAUGUAAUGCAGUGAAACAGGAGAGGUCACCUUUGAAUCAGCUUCUGCUGUUGGGUGUUAGCCACAAUUUGUCAUCUAUGUCUUGUAGAUUCUGAAUGGUGAUUUAAGAUUUUCAAUUCCAUAUAUGUGCGAACAGAUAUGGGCACCAUGAAAUGCAUAUUCAGUGCCUUUCCCCCUUUAUCAAAUCGCUAGGUGGCUAGCCAAAGUUUAGAAUUUUUGUUAAAUUAAAUAUUAGAUGGACGUAUGCUCAGCAUUGUUUCUCAGAAUGUUGUCCACAGAUCACCUGCAUCACUCGAGGGGCUGGUUGAAAAGAUAGAUUCUUGGGCCUGAGUAUAGAUGCUCAGAGUCAGAAUUUCUAUGUGUUGGGCCUUGGAGUCUUCAUUUUAAUAAGCUCUUCCCCUCUGCCACCUCAAAAGUUUUGAAUCAAUGCAAAAGACAUUGGACACUCCUAAGAGGUUUUGUGCUUUCAAACUUUUCCUCCCUUUGUUGAUUGAUCAGGUUUGUAAUUCAGCAGGAGGAAGGAAUGCCAGGUGUUUGUUGGACUCUUGUAGCACGUGCUCUCGCUCUUUCUUUUUUUGUAACAUCAGCCUGGUGUUGCAGGUUUUGUGUAAUACAGGUCUCUAAUCAUACUCUGAUGACUGAACUUGAGGAAAAUACGUGUAUAUUUUUGUUCCAUAAAAAGAACUUUAGGAACUGUAGCCAUUUCAUUGCCUUAAUUUUAACAAGAAAAUACAAAAAAAGAGCAGAUUUGUUUUAGUAAGAAAUCAAGUCUUGAUGCUUCAGAGUUGGUUUAGGGUGUUAGCUGCUAUGAACCUGGUGCCCUUUUGAUUGUGUAUUUAUGUGGGUUUAUGAAUGAAAUGAAAGGCUCAUUCAUAUAUAGUGUAAUUUGAGUAUGUUUCUCUUCAGUCAUGUGGCCCAUGGCUAAUAAUCUACUCUGAAUGGCUUGCUUAAGCAAUAACUAUCUUAAAGGAUGUGAAUUACUGAUUCAUACAGACUAUUAUACAUUGGGGCAUUAGGGGCAAUAAUUAAUGCUAGAGUGGACGUUCUCAUUUCACAGGAGCCAUGUAAAUUUAAUUUAAGAGAUUAAAAAAUUCCUAUUUAGAUCCUCUAGUUUGAUUUUUCUAAUCAGGACUUUUGUACUGCUGCCAUGCUCCCCUUAAUUCUGUGUACCAGUUUAAAUUAUGGAAAUGAAAGCUAAUUUAUAAACUGCAGGCUUAUGAAACUCUGCCCACCACAAUGUCAGAAAUCCCAUGGCACAGUGACAGAGACUCUGGUGCAGGCACACUCUGUGCUUCCAGGGGAUGGGCUUUCUCUUUCUGCUGUGUUCUUGACACCUAUACACUCAACUAUCCUUCAAAUGUAGUGUUCAUAUAGGAAUUGCAUAUGGUAUAUGCAUCUCCAGACAUAACGCUGUGCAAAACCUGGUAUAACUUUGUGCUCCUAACAGUUACAGUUCACCAAACUGGAGCAUCUAGAUUACAUCCCACCUGUGCAUGUGAUGUUACACACAAGUGAAUGCAAAGCCGAGGGCCAUAGCUUUUUGAGGAACAUUACUCUUAAUUCGAUCACUGUUGAGUAACAGCUGAGGUGGAGCAAAAACAUCUUAAAAGACAGCCGGGAAAAAGCUGCUGCUGCUCUUCAUGACAUAUACGUAGUGUAUGUUUAAAGACACUUCGAACAAGUGCAUUUAUUUUUAGAUUUCUUCUUCUUCGCCCUUAACUUGUAGUCUGCUGUGGCAUUGUUCGUGGUGUUUUGUUUCUCGGCUCUCUCACCCUUCCUCAGUAUCUGUGAGCUGUGCAUAUCUGUAUGUUCAGUACGUAGAGUCCCUUUGCCAAAGGACGCUAAAGUACGCAACUGCUGGCCAGGACAAAACUAUAAUCAGAUUGUUAAAAAUGAAGGGGAGUAGGAAAGAAAUGCCUUGGUAAAUGAAAAGGCAUCGGUAUUUAGUAACUUUUCUCUAGACAGAAAUUUCUGCUGAAUUGGCCCAAAUGUCAUUACACUAUGCAAUUUCAUUAGGUCAGUUUCAAUUAAAGCAAGAUUUACUUUGGAUUGGACCAAAUAAUACUUGGGUAUCCCCAGAAUGUUGAUUAGUGGCAAACUGGGGUAUAACCGCCACCACCAUUUUCUUGGUAAUGGGGAUGACACUUUAAUUUCAACAGCUAAGACUUCUUUUCUGGGUGUAUGUGUAUGUUUGCUUGAUUUAAUAUUUGUUUAGUUUGGGUCUUUUGUUUUACUUUGUCCAGUUUUGUCUUUGGCUAUGUUUACUGGCUCUUUGGAUUUUGGAUUUUUGUUUUUUUUUUUUUUUUUUUUUU